CUACGGGCUUCUCCAACCUUUAGCCGACGGCCUGAAGCUAUUAGUAAAGGAAUCUGUAUUACCGAGCCAGGCCAACAAGGGGCUAUUCUAUUUGGCACCCUUCAUCACCUUGACCCUUAGCUUGUUGGGUUGGAUACCAAUCCCUUUUGCAAAAGCAUCUCCCCUUGCCGAUAUGAGCCUUGGACUCCUUUACCUUAUGGCCCUAUCCUCUUUAGGAGUCUAUGGAGUCCUGCUAGCCGGUUGGUCUGCUAACUCAAAAUACGCUUUCAUAGGUUCCUUAAGAUCCACUGCUCAGCUUGUUAGCUAUGAGCUACCAUUUGCCUUGCUGAUAUUAAUAGUAGUGAUUAUUCCCGGGAGUCUAUCCUUAUCUCACAUCAUCGAGGCUCAGGAACCGGUGUGGUAUCUUGUGCCACUAUUACCUAUCUGGGUAUUAUGGGUAAUGGUUGUUGUUGCAGAAACGAAUAGAGCGCCAUUUGAUCUCCCUGAGUCUGAGUCAGAAUUGGUCGCGGGAUUUUUCACAGAGCAUUCGGCUCUACCCUUCGCCUACUUUUUCCUUGCGGAAUACGGUUCCAUGAUUCUGAUAUCUGUCUUAAGUUCUAUUCUUUUCUUAGGAGGUUACCUUCUUCCUGGUGGCAUAUCCACUUCCCCUGUGUUAGAAUCUUUGCCUAAUGGCCUUCUUUGCCAGCACCCUGCCGAUUAUGAGACUGAUGAGAUAGUGAACUUGGCUGGUGGUUGGGCAUCCUCAGGGGGAUACUUAAGGGGGGCUUUACCAAAAUACCAAGCAAUUGGACGUCCAAUUGCCCAACACGGUAACACAUUGAAUGAUGGAUUUGAACGGAUACCAGUGACUGCACUUUGGGGAACUUCUCGUUUAGGGUUUCGUACCGUAGGAGUUCAACUUCGACAAGGGGGUAUUGGAGUUAAACGAUCAGCAAUAUCCGAAGGAAGGAGUUUGAUGUUCUUACCAUCUUUCCGUAUAUACCAGAGUUAUGGAGUUCAAAGUAGUAGAAUUCCCGCUUCGCUUAUCAAAGAUGUUAGCAGAGUAGCUCCGACAAUGCCUAGAUACUCAAAGAGACCAAAAAGGUGGAAGACAAACUCUUUAUCAUUUUGGUUGAUUCUAAGGCGAGCGUCUUUCGCAUUAAUCUCUAAGCUCCCGGGGGAUCCGUAG